GCUGGGUUUCUGUAUAACACUUUGUGACAUUUGCUGAUGUGAAAAGGGCUUUAUAAAUACAUUUGAAUGGUUGAUUGCUAGCUAACACACAGUGUCGCCAACAAGACUUGAAGUAUGUUUUUUAAGAUUUCGCGCACAAGAGCAAUAUAUGCACCAGUAAUGUUCAAUUGGUUUGAGUAGCUAAUCCUUGCCUCUGACUCAUAAAUACCCGGGACCAUUUCACUUUCACGCAAGCCUACAUCUGAAAGAGACAUGAUGAGAGACAUUGCAUGAGAUUAAGAGGAUCUGCUUGAAUAAAGGAACUGUACUAUCUGAGAAUGCAGAGGAUGAGAGAGAAGACUGACAAGAUGGAGGAGAACAAAGCCACGAGGAAGCUGCGGGUGUGCGUGGCGACGUGUAACCGGGCGGACUACUCCAAGCUGGCGCCCAUCAUGUUUGGCAUCAAGGCCAACCCUGAUGAGUUUGAGCUGGAGGUGGUGGUGCUGGGAUCCCAUCUCAUUGAUGAUUAUGGCAACACGUUCCGGAUGAUCGAGCAGGAUGACUUUGACAUCGGCUCCAAGCUGCACACCAUCGUGCGUGGGGAGGACGAGGCAGCCAUGGUGGAGUCAGUGGGUCUGGCGCUGGUCAAGCUGCCAGAUGUCCUCCACCGCCUCCGCCCCGACGUUCUGGUCGUCCACGGAGACCGCUUCGAUGCCCUCGCCCUGGCAACGGCUGCCGCCCUGAUGAACAUUCGCAUCCUGCACCUGGAGGGAGGAGAGGUGAGUGGCACCAUCGACGACUCCAUCCGCCACGCCAUCUCCAAGCUGGCCCACUACCACGCCUGCUGCACCCGCACCGCCGAACAGCACCUCAUCGCCAUGUGUGAGGACCACACUCGCAUCCUGUUGGCCGGCUGCCCCUCCUACGACAAGCUGCUGGCCGCCCAUCACCGUGACGACUACAUGGACAUCAUCAGGAACUGGCUCGGAGACAAUGUGAAGGAGCACGACUACAUCGUGGCCCUGCAGCACCCGGUCACCACCGACAUCAAGAACUCCAUCAAGAUCUACGAGCUGAUGUUGGACGCUCUCAUCUCCUUCAACAAGAAAACACUCAUCCUCUUCCCCAACAUAGACGCAGGAAGUAAGGAGAUGGUGCGCGUGAUGAGGAAGAAGGGCGUGGAGCAGCACCCUAACUUCCGGGCGGUGAAGCACGUGCCCUUCGAGCAGUUCAUCCAGCUGGUGUGUCACGCUGGGGCCAUGAUCGGCAACAGCAGCUGUGGCGUCAGAGAGGCCGGGGCCUUCGGGACCCCCGUCAUCAACCUGGGGUCCAGGCAGACUGGGAGAGAGACUGGUGAAAACGUCCUCCAUGUCCGAGACGCAGACACUCAGAAUAAGAUCUACCACGCCCUGGAGCUGCAGUUUGGGAAGAGAUACCCCUGCUCGAAGAUCUACGGCGACGGGAACGCGGUGCCUCGCAUCCUGAAGUUCCUGCAGACCAUCGACCUUGAUGAGCCGCUGCAGAAGACCUUCUGCUUCCCCCCCGUCAAGGAGUGGGACAUCUCCCAGGACAUCGACCACAUCCUGGAGACUCAGAGCGCCCUAGCCGUCGACCUGGGCGGGACCAACCUCCGCGUGGCCAUCGUCUGCAUGAGGGGUAAGAUAGUGAAGAAGUACACCCAGGCGAACCCCAAAACCUACGAGACGAGGAUGGAGCUGAUACUGAAGAUGUGUACGGAGGCAGUCAUUGACGCUGUCCAUCUCAACUGCCGGAUUCUGGGAGUGGGUGUGUCGACAGGAGGCAGAGUGAACCCCCAGGAGGGUGUGAUCCUCCACUCCACCAAGCUGAUCCAGGAGUGGAGCUCCAUCGACAUCCGCACCCCCAUCUCUGACGCCCUCCACCUGCCCGUCUGGGUUGAUAACGACGGCAACUGUGCCGCCCUGGCAGAGAAGAAGUUUGGCCACGGUAAAGGAGUGGAGAACUUUGUCACCAUCAUCACUGGAACAGGCAUCGGCGGGGGCAUCAUCCAGAACAACGAGCUGAUCCAUGGCAGUACGUUCUGCGCGGCUGAGCUGGGCCACAUUAUGGUGUCUCUGGACGGGCCGGAGUGCAUGUGUGGCAGCCGUGGCUGCAUCGAGGCCUACGCAUCAGGCAUGGCCCUGCAGAAAGAAGCCAAGAGGCUCCAUGACGAGGAACUGCUGGAGGUGGAAGGGAUGGUGGAUCUGAAGAAGGCGGAGUCCGUCAGCGCCAUCCACCUCAUCAACGCAGCCCGCCUGGGCAACCACAAGGCUGACGCCGUCCUCAGAACAGCUGGCAUGGCCCUUGGAGUGGGCAUCAUCAACAUCCUCCACAUGGUCAACCCCUCCCUGGUCAUCCUAUCGGGGGUGCUGGCCGCCCACUACCAGGCUCCUGUCCAGCAGGUCAUAGGUCAGAGAGCCCUCAGCUCCGCCCAGAGCAUCCAGGUCCUGACAUCCGACCUCGAAGAUCCCGCCCUGCUGGGGGCCGCUAGCAUGGUGCUGGACUACACAACCAGGCGCAUCUAUUAACAACAUUACGGUGCUGGACUACACAACAAGGCGCAUCUAUUAAGAACGUUGGUCAGUUGCCAAGUUCUAGUUUUCAUUUCAUUGGUCCCCAAAGGAGGGCCAUAUCUUGCAGUUCCCUGGUGUAGAAAGAUGAACUUGCUAUUAGCAAAUAGAAAUGGCUAAGAUGGAAGGUAGGAUCUACAGAUAGAGCCGCCCGAUAGGACCGACAUCUAUACUACUGUCCCAGAUGGGACAAUCUGACAUGCUCUUCAAGCUAUCGCACCUUCUAUUGGACGAACCAUUGGCGAUAAUUUAUUUCAGUCAGACAAUGACAAGUUAUGUGUAUUUUCCAAAGAUUUCUUCAGUGAUACUAACUGUCAACAUAAUAUAAUUUCUACAGCGGAUGAAAUGACUAAUACAGUACAUAAAUGGUAGUACUAUAAAUGAGUGCUGAAAUAGUAGUACUGUUAACUACAGUACUGAAAUAGUGUGUGUCUGAAUACAUAUAACAGCCGAUACAGUCAUGAGUACAGCCACCGUACCAGUGAAUGGCUGGGUGUGUCCAGACAAAAGAUGUGACCAAAGGAUCAUUCGCAUUCAAUUGUGCUUGUACUCAUAAUUCCAUGUUUUUUUUGUUACUUCUUAAUUCUAAACAUACAAGUUUGUUUUUUUUGAAGCCACGCUAUGAAGCAUUAACAAUAUGUAUUUUAUCUUACCGAGCUGUAAGAUCUUUGCGCCUCCAAUCUUAUUUUGAACCAGUUCUGCAACCCUGCGUGACUGACCCAAGGCCUACCCUCUCUAGGACCACCGUGACGACCUACCCUCAUGUAGCGCCAAGGCCAUGUACGGCAUAGUUGUCUUGACUGUGCUGCCAGAUCACGUGUCUUCGUUAUCAUUCUUUUGUUUUAUGCACACCUUUUUUAUGCCUCGUCAUAUUUCAAGAGAUUACGGUAUGCAAAUCAACCAUGUGAUAAUCCCGUUUUGUGUAUUCCUGUUUUUGAUCAUGUCACGGAUAGAAGUUUAUUUGAUUGUACUUUUGUGACCUCUAUCAAUUGCAAUGGUCAUUUUUACACAUAAAAAAAAACACACUAGAAAAUGGUUUGGGGUGGAAUAAUAGAUGAUUCAUUCGAUGCUAUUCAUCGUUUUUAGGUGUGGCUGAACGAGGCCACAUUGUAAACACACCGCAGGGCUUGGUGGAAUGCUAGCCUGUUUGUGCAAUCAUAGGAUUUAACUUUAAUGUCCCUGAGGGAAAAAGUCUUCAACCCAAUAUGACUGUGUACAAAAAUAAACACUGUAUAUCAAACAAUUAAA